AUGUUGCCAAAAGAACACGCACCAAAAAUCCUUCGUGAGCUCAACAAUACACUUAAUGCAUUCACAGCCGUCAAUCCCAAAUAUGCAUUCAACUCAAAUCUUCGUAUGAUUACAUUUGCAGCGGAAUCGAAAAUCAAAAAUUGCGAUCCAGCCAGCGGAUUCUUUUCGUGUCCACAUUUAUUGAGAUUAAACCUUUAA